AGGGAGAGCCCCUCUGGCUUGACACAAGCAGGUGUCGCUCGGAAGAUCAGCCCCGCUCGAUCCACCGCGAGCCCAAUGCAGCAAGCGAUUCUGAUAUUGCAGCAGAGACGGUUUCCUGCAAUUAGUUAGCAACUGGGAAAACCUGGCUGCUUUGUGGCAACAAAGGGAGUGGGGAGGCAGCUUCCAGACGUGGGCUGGUGUCAAGAGGAGAAGGGGAAUCUCUCAUUGGUCCUCUGGGGUUUCUCGGAUCAGCUGGAGGAAUUUCACCGCUAUGCAAGGAUGCUCAAAGAUUCUGUAUCGCGUCGACACGUCGCAGGGAAGAGCUCGCUGUUUGGUACUCCUGGACUGAACAAGUUCUGAGAGGUCUCAGCCUGAACGAAUCUUUGCGAAGUCUCGAUGUUACAAAGCUGAGAAGCAAAGGCACCAAGAAUUAGAGGGCCAUACCCAUUGCCUUUCAGCCUGAUCCGGGGCGUAUGACAAAGAAACAUUCCUUACACAGCAGUGGCCCAUCUUGUAUAUCAGGUGUACAAUGAGGGUAGCAGUGGGAAUCAACCCUGAUGUGGAGAGACAUAAACCAUGGAAGGACCAACACCCGAACCGGUCUUUGUCGACGUGGACAAAGGACUAACGCUAGCAUGCUUUGUCUUCCUUUGCCUCUUCCUGAUCGUCAUGAUUAUCCGCUGCGCGAAAGUCAUCAUGGACCCUUACAGCGCCAUCCCGACGUCUACAUGGGAGGAACAGCACCUGGAUGACUGACAGGGGAGAGAGGGGAGGAGGCGGGCAGCAAUCAUGAAGCCACAUGGACCAACCAAAAGCUUGCGCGAGAGAGCACAACACGGACAACUGCCUUGCCUGGAGGAGGGCACAAAAUAUUAUACAGCUUUUCUGAGAUGCACAGGGCAAUGUCGGUCCCUUUGAGAGCACACUGGUGAUAGCUUCCUGCCUAUCAGCCUCGAUACAUCGCCGUGUCCUUUCUCCUUCCGAAGGAGUGACCUCCAGGUUUUAAUGAGGAAAUGAUUAUGAUUGUAUAUCAAGUAGCACAAAAGCUCUCUAGGCACUAGAAAAUCCCUUCCAAGCUUUUUUCUAGUAUAAUCUCUAUUAAGCACCUUCUCUCUGUUUUAAAUCGUUAUUUGUAAUUGAAAUGGGCAAAUACAUGCUAUAAAUACAGGCAGAUGCUAUGCAGAGAUGCCAGGGCGGUAUGAGGGUCAAAGACGAGGGGGGAUGGCAUUUUAAAACGAGGGCACUCUUUACAAGAUUGGCAAUAAUAAUAAAGAAACCUUAAGGGUU